UUUUAACCUCGAUCGACAUAACAUGAAAAACGCGCAUGCGUAAUGUUUAAGCGGCAUGGAACAUGCGCGAAAACAGUGACGGCGGUGAUGGGAUGAUCAGUUCGGAUUCAUAAACAGUAAAAUUAUGGAGCAGUGGAGAGACCGAUGGACGUGGCGAGUGCUCGGCCAGGAUUUUGGAAGGGGAGAAUUUACCAUCAACAAAUUCCAAUUAAACAUUACAUCAGGAUCUGACAGUGUCACUCAAUUUUUAGUGACCUGAAUAUCUUUCUGGACUUUGAACAUGGAAGGUAAAAUCGGCUUUCACAGUGGGGAGAAACUGUACUCAUGUCCUCUGUGUGGACGAGGCUUCAGCCGAUCGUCUGGCCUGUCCAGACACAAGUGCAGUCACACUGGGGAAAAACCGUGGAAAUGUGUGGAUUGUGGAAAGGGAUUCAAUUACCCAUCUGACCUAGAAACACAUCGACGCAGUCACACUGGAGAGAGGCCAUUCACUUGUCCUGAGUGUGGGAAGGGAUUCACUCAGUUUUCCAACCUCUUAUGUCAUCAGAGAACUCACACUGGGGAGAGACCAUUCACCUGCACAGAGUGUGGGAAGGGAUUCACUCAGUCAUCCCACCUGAUGGCACAUCAGCGAGUUCACACUGAGAAUAGGUCAUUUGGCCGGUCAGAGUGUGGGAAGGGAAGCACUCAGUCAUCACACCAGCGAGUUCACAAUGGCGAGAGAUCAUUCAUCUGUUCUGAGUGUGGUAAGGGAUUCACUCAGUCAUCCCACCUGCUGAAACACCAGCGGGUUCACAGUGAUGAAAGACCAUUUCAAUGCCUGCAUUGUGGGAAAUGCUUUAAAAGUUCUGCUGAAUUGGUCAGCCAUCAACGUGUUCACACUGAUGAGAAACCAUUCAGAUGUUCUUACUGUGGGACUGGGUUCAGGAAAUCAUCUCAUCUCAUUGUGCACCAGCGAAUUCACACUGGGGAGAGGCCAUUCAGCUGCCCCGAGUGUGGGAAAAGGUUCAAUAAUUUGUCUAAUCUGCUGAAGCACCAGCGUAUUCACACCGGGGACAGACCCUUCACCUGCUCCGAGUGCGGUAAAGGAUUUACUCAGUCAUCCAAUCUGUUGAGACAUAAACAAGUUCACAAGCAGCUACCAUGACUGGUUUUGCUGUUACUCACAAUCAGGACUGAACCCUGUGAAAUGGGGUCUGUCUCAGCUGAUGAUCACCGCCUCCAACCCAGCUCUUGGUGUUAACUUUCUGGAUAAAGUGAAAUCAAUUCAGCUUUGCUUUGAGUAUUAGCAUACAAGUAUGGAGAUGGAGGUCUGAAAUACAAACAAAGCAUUGGAGAAACUCAGCACAUCUGACAGCAUUUGUAAAGAGGGAAAAAUAAUUAAUGUUUUAAGUCUAA